GCUGGAGACUGAGCUCCGCGCUCACUGAGGCUCACACGUCUGCCGAGGUAGCCGGUGUGUGGGGGUUGGAUGCAGGGACCGACACGGACAACAUGCGGAGUCCUGCGCCGACGCUGCCGCCGUGCAGUCCUGAGCGGGUCUACUUUGUGUGAAUAAUGUCUGGAGGUGCUGAGGCUUCUGACUGGGAAAGUUGUUCGUCGGUUGUUUGGAUUUGAGACAAGAUGCAUCUGUUUCGGAGUCACAAUUACCAAGUGUUCCCGGACCGCUCCGCAGUGGAAACCCCGAGCAUACGGGGCAUCAGCUGGACUCCGCUGCCAGAGGCCCUGAAUUCAAAGGACACCAUGAAGCAGUUUCUUUCAGAUCGCGUUGUAAAGGCAGCGAGGUCCGUCUACAGUGUUAUAAUCGAGAGGAACACAGAUCUGAUCCGAGAUAGAAAGCAUCACCUCAAAACAUACAGACAAUGUUGUUCUGCGAGGGAGCUUGUUGAUUGGCUGAUGAAACAAAAUGAAUGCCUGCAAUCAAGAAGCCAGGCGGUUGGGAUGUGGCAGGUCCUGGUGGAUGAAGGAAUCCUCGUUCAUGUGAAACAUGAGCUGAACUUCCAUGACAAGGACACUCAGUUCUUCCGCUUCCAGGACUCGCUUGCUCUGAACCACGUGAGCAACGAGAAGGACUGCGAGGACGAGCUGCAGGAGGGUCUGUCGCUGCUCUCCCAGCUCGGCCCCGACGCGCUGCUCACCAUGAUUCUACGCAAAUGCCCGAGCCAAAGGAGUGCGGAGGACCUGGAGGUCAUCUACGAGGAGCUGCUGCACGUCAAGGCUGCAGCUCAUCUCUCCACCUCUGUGCGUAAGGAGCUGGCAGCGGUGCUCGUCUUUGAAUCGCAUGCCAAGGCAGGAACAGUGUUGUUCAGUCAGGGGGACAAAGGCACUUCUUGGUACAUCAUCUGGAAAGGCUCUGUAAAUGUGAUCACGCAUGGGAAGGGCCUGGUCACCACACUACAUGAGGGCGAAGACUUCGGGCAGCUCGCUCUGCUGAACGAUGCACCUCGAGCUGCCACCAUCAUCCUGAGAGAAGACAACUGCCACUUCCUGCGUGUACACAAGCAGGACUUCAUACGCAUCCUCAAGGAUGUCGAAGCAAACACCGUGCGACUUGAAGAACAUGGGAAAAGUGUUCUGGUGUUGGAGAAGAGCAGCGACUGGGCCGAGCCGGGAGGAGCAGGAAACAACAGCAAGUACACGGUCAUGUCAGGAACCCCAGAGAAAAUCCUGGAGCACCUGUUGGACACAGUGAAGUUGGACUCUAACGGAAAUGACGCCAUAGAUCCCUGCGUCAGCGACUUUCUGCUCACACACAAACUCUUCAUGCCCUCCAGCCAGCUGUGUCCCGCACUCCAGCACCACUACCAGGCGGAGCUGUCGGAGGGUUCGGAACAGGAGAAGGCUUCAUACGUCCUCAGCGCGAAGCAGAAGGUGGUGAAGCUGAUCAGCCAGUGGGUGGCGCUGUAUGGCCUCCUGCUGAGAGAAGACCCCGUCGCUCUGGACUCUCUGGAGAGGUUGAAGAAGGAGGUGGCCGCUGACUUCCGUCUGUCCAGCAUGCUGAAAGAACAAUUUAGGGAAAGGAGGAGAACAAAAGUGAUGGAGAACGGAUAUCAGUCACUGAGCAGGAACCUGCAAUUUGAUUGGUUUUCAUACUGUGAGGAGCCAGUGGGGAGGCUACAGCCAAUCAGAGCACAGGAUAAAGUGCUGUACGAGAUCUACAGGCCGGACAACAAACCUGUCACUCUGAUGCUGCCGGUCAACUCGUCCGUACAGGAAGUGAUGUCAGCGACAGUCAAAGCGGGCGGAGAUCACAUCCUGGUCAAAAUGAACUCCACGGGAGAAAGAGCUCAGCUCAAGAUGGAUGCGACCGCAGUCUACACGGCGCUGGGACUCAACGAGAGACUGUUCAUCUGCAGGAGCAGCCGUGUGGAACAGCUGACGGCCCUGAAGGAGCAGCAGGGUCCCGAGCGAGGAACCUCUGACAUCCUGGAACAGAUGGGCUCGAAAGAUAUCGCCACUGAGCUCACCAACUACGACUGGGAACUGUUCACUGCCAUGCAUGAGGUGGAGCUCGUCUACUACAUAUUCGGCCGUCAUAAAUUCCCCGGCGCCAUCACAGCUAACCUGGAGCGGUUCGUGCGUCGCUUCAACGAGGUGCAGUACUGGGUGGUGACAGAGCUGUGCCUCUGUGAAGACCUGGUGAAACGAGCCGUGCUGCUCAAGAAGUUCAUAAAGAUCGCUGCAGUAUUAAAGGAGCAGAAGAAUCUCAAUUCCUUCUUCGCCGUGAUGUUCGGUUUGAGCAACAGUGCAGUACACAGACUGUACAAGACCUGGGAGAGAAUACCCAGCAAGACAAAAAGGAUUUACUGCGCUUAUGAGAGGUUGAUGGAUCCCUCUCGCAACCACCGAGCCUACAGACUGGCUGUGGCCAAACUCAGUCCUCCCUACAUCCCCUUCAUGCCCCUGCUGCUCAAAGACAUGACUUUCAUCAACGAGGGAAAUCCAAACUAUGUUGACAAAUUGGUCAACUUUGAGAAAGUGCGCAUGAUUGCCAAGACGGUGAAAAUCGUGCGAGGCUGCAGAAGCCAGCCGUACGUGGCUUCGUCUCCUCAGAGGGGCCUGACUGAUCGGAUGUCUCUGGAAGGGCCUUCGACCCGCAUCUCUACAUGCUCAGACUACGCUCUCCCUCUGCGGAGUCCCAGCAACAUCCGGCACUACAUUCAGAACCUGAAGGUGAUCGACAACCAGCGCAAGCUAACACAGCUGUCGAGAACAAUCGAAUGCUAGAGCGGCAAAGACGGUAACAAGUGAAGCUGGAUGAACAAACCUUCCACACUACAGUGUGAAUCCACUGAUUCAAGGAGAUGGACCUUCGUGGAGAAGUUCUCUGCACAGCGUGAAGAGCGUGUGCACAAUAACAACCUGAGGAACAACAAGAGAAUCAGAUUCCAUGUCCGGGGACUUGUUUUUAAUCCAAGAAGCCUUACAGCAGUGUGUGUGCGUGUGUGUGCGGCACAACGUUACAACAUACAGUUAAAUACAGUUUGGUGUAAAGAAUCAUUGAUGUGACCUCUUGUCUACCCACGCAAGUUCUUUCACAUUAAAACUAAUAUAUUGUAUCAAAUCUUUUUUUUGUUUUGGCAACGUGGCCACAAACUGACGUGCAUAUCAUUUCAUACGAUGUUGUUUUCGAAAUAAAUUAUUUUCUCAGUUA